AUGACCUCACAACCGGACUUCCAGUCUCGCCGCUCCUCUUGCGAACGCUGUCGUUUCCACAAACUCAGAUGCACCGUUGUAUCGGAUUCUUCAGAUGGUUCUCCUCGUUGUGUGAGGUGUAUGCGCGCGAAAGUUGAUUGUGUAUUCGGACGCAGAGCACGGGGGAAGCGCAAUCGGUCACAAAAAGAUCAUACUCAAAUAAAUUGGGGACUACAAUCACCCGUUACAGACUCGAUUUCCACAGAUGGCAAAGAUACCAUCUUCAACGAUACCCCUCGCUCGAUCAAUCACCAACCAUGCAUAUUCCCUUCUCCAAGCCCCCCAUACAUAGACGGUUCGGAUAUCCGCUCAGAGGAUAUGGAUUGGGAUCUCCUUUUCCACCCUGACCAGGGUCUCGGCCACUUUAUACCAAGCUCUCAGCCUUCGCCUUAUAAUUUGUGGGAUGUCGCGUUUUCUCAAACUGCACUUGACAGCAGCCUGUCAACAAUCCCUCAAGGGAGUUGGAAAUCAAAUAUACCCCCCCCUACACCAUGCAAGGAAAAAGGUCCAGAUAUAAUUCUGCGGCUUUCUAGUCUUGCCACGGAUAUUCAACAAACGAUCAUCAACCUGCAAGAUAGCGAGUGGGCAUACGCUACCAAAUCCGAUGGACUCGAAAGAUACCCUGUGGGCAGUGUUCUUCAAUUAGCGCACGACUUCUCUCUCAUCCUGCAAGAUCUUCCUCAAUCAGCCAAUAACAAAUUACCCACAAAAGACCAUCAAGAUGAAACCUCAUCUAUACCCGACCUGUCUUCAGACCCCACCCACCUAUCAGAUCCGACCAGCAACUCCACAAAACCGACCCAACAAUCAACCCUACCACACGUGGCAGGGACCUCGAACUCCAUCGACACCUCCACAAUGCUCCAAAUAACAAGCUGCUAUAUCCUCAUUACAAAGCUCUACGGCCUUGUCAUGGACCACCUUCGCGCCCACCUCCAAGCCUCAGAUCUCCAAUCCACAAAGGUUUCCCCUUUUUCAUCGAUUGAGAAUGAAGCUUUGCGUCUGGGAGAUAUCUCAUAUUCAAAUGAUGUGUGGACAAAAGUACAUACUGUCUUUCGUGCCAUGCUGGACCAGUUACAUGUGAUUGGUAGUGCUAUCGGUGUUGAAUCCUUUCGAUCAUCUCGUUCGUUGGGAUUGGAUGAGGCGGUUUCACAUUCUGGUUUCCUUGGGAAUUUGUCGCAGGCGGCACUUGAAGAUAAUCUGAUGGGGAAGGUACAGCCUUUGAAACUUCUGUUGAGGCAAAAAUUAGCUUUAUAG